AUGGAGUCGGUAGAUCCAGUAGUGCUUCUGUCCCUGACCACGCUCUCUGGCGAAGCAUGCCACAUUGAGCUGCCUCGGUCCGCUACAGUUAUGGUCGGCACACAGGACUUGAAAGAUACGGACCUGGCUGCAGACUUUUCGAGCGAAUCCUGGUGCAUCGUGUUCACGAAUGAUCGCGGCACAUUGCUUGAAGCUGCCCAGGCCGCAUCGCAGUCGGAAGAAUACGAGGAGGCGACCGAGCACUUGAGGGACCUUGUGCAGCAGCAUUCAGAUCUGACUAAAGACGAGAACCAUCUGCUGAGCUCUGUCUUCAAGGCUCACAGUGGGACUCUCCGCGCGGCAUGGCGCAAGGCCGCUGAGGAAGGUGCUGCCACAGCAGAGGCUGCACAGCUGGAGGCCUGGUGUCUCAAGGUGGGCGAGGGCUUCGCGUCCUGGAUCAAGCCUCAAAAACAUCACGAUGGGAGAGCUGCAUGGUAA